AUGGACACGGGAGUGGAUCGAUGGACCGAUGUCGAGGGAGGGAUUCACAUCCAAAGAAAUCUUCGGCUAUCGAGACCCUUUUGGGACAAGGAUGGGGGUGAAGACCAGAAUGAUGACGAGACCCGUCAGAUGGAUCGGAUACGAGAGUGGCAGCAUUGGCUUAAGCAUGGGAAUUUGAGAGAACAAAGUACAGAGUACAAGAUCUCUGCACCUGUGUGCUCUUUGCACACCAGGUUGAGCAAUACUAUUGUGAAGUAUCCUCUACUUCAGUCCGUUCUGCGGUGGGUCGAUCGUCCUAGACGGAAGAGGGGACAACAGCCAUCUAGUGUCCCCGUCCGAAGGUGGGCUUUCAAAGAGGGACAGUGGUCCAGUGGCUCGAGCCGAAAAAUCAGACACUUUGGGAUCUCGGGUCAUGAAGCACGGCGAAUCAGCCAUAAAAUUGGGAGCGCUGGACUCUGGGACUCUGCACCAGUGCAGAGGAUGCGCUUACCGGCUGGACCUCGGUACCUUUUCCCAUCUUGGUGCACCGAGCAUGGCCUCGAGGUCUGUGCAAGACUCAUCACUCAACUCAUGCAAGCACUCUUCGUCUUUGGGUGA